AUGUGCAUACAGUUGGCCCUGACCACUGCCACAGAGGAGGGAAAAACCUCCUCCUCACCUUCUGCUCCUUCUAGGGAUUCUCACCAGGCUUCCUUCUGUGCUCCAAAGCCAUGUGAGGCAGCUCCCCCCACCUCCAAGGCUGCUACAGAUGCUUCAUGUGCUAUAGCUGCUAAAGGUGCCCAGAGCCAACAUGUGGGCAGGCCAAAUGCCCCUAAGUCCACACCUUCUGCUGAGAAGUCCCAAAGAGACCCCCUGACCAGAAGGGUGAGCCUGUUGUUGCAGUUCCUGCUGUUAAAGUACAAAAUGAAAGAGCCCAUUACCAAGGCCGAAAUGAUGAAGAUCAUCACUAAAAGGUACAAGAAGCACUUCUCUGAGGUGCUGAGGAGAGCCUCUGAGCACAUGGAAUUGGUCUUUGGCCUUGAGCUGAAGGCAGUCGACUCCAAUAGUCAAACCUAUGCUCCGUUCAGUCAAUUGGAGAUCACCAAGGAAGAGAUUCUGAAUGGUGAAUGUGGCUUUCCCCAGGCUGGGUUCCUCAUGCCUCUCCUGGGCAUGCUUUACAUCAACGACAAGAGGGUCACCUGGGAGGAAAUGUGGGAAUUCCUGAAUGAGUUAUGGAUCUUCGAUGGCCCUCAGCACUUCAUCUUUGGGGACACUAGAAAGCUUGCCACUGAAGUUUUGGUGCAGGAAAAGUACCUGGAGUAUUGGCAGGUGCCUAAGUCAGAUCCUCCAUGCUAUGACUUUCUGUGGGGCUCUAGAGCCCACACUAAGGCUUGCAAGAAGAAAGGGAUGUAGUAUUUGGAAAAGAUCAAGUUUAUCAAUACCACUUCCUUCCAAGACCUGAACCCCCAGAGAUCUGAAGCUGCUAAGGUUCAUCAUACACCCCAAGGGCCCCUGGAACUCUUUUCCACCAUCAAGACUUCUAUGGACAAAGUGGCUGACAAAGGGGCCAAGGGACCAUCUAAGGAGAGUUUACAUUCCCCCAACAAUGAGGACUUGUAUCUUGACACUCUGGACUUUAGGGUAGAUACACUGGAGCACUUCAUGCUGUACAAGUUUAAAAUGAAGCAGCUCAUUUCCAAGGGAGACAUGAUGAUGAUCAUCGGCCCCACAUUCACACACCGGUUUCCCCAGAUUCUGAAGAAGGCAGCUGAUCACCUUGAGGUGGGGUAUGCAGUUGAAGUGAGGAAAUCUUACUCCAUCAUAGACGCUUACAUUCUUGUCAGCAAACUGUACCUUCCCAACAAUGGAAGGGUCCAUCCUGGCAGGGGCUUGCCUAAGACAGGGUUAUUGAUGUCUGUGCUGGGGGUGAUUUUAAUGAAGGGUCACCAUGCCACUGAAGAGGAGAUCUGGGACUUCCUCAAGAUGGUUUGUGUAUUUCCGGGGAAGAAGCAUUAUAUCUAUGGAGAGCCCAAGAGGCUCAUUACCAAAGACCUGGACUCACGUGACACCAAGACGGCGGAGGGUGACCAGGCCACUGCAGCAGGGGAGGAAAAGGCCUCUGCUCCCAUGACUUCUCCUGAGGAAUAUCCCCCGGGCACCCCUGAGGAUCGAGGCCCAAGGGUACCGCAGGAAUCCCUGCCCUGUACUGUGGCUGCUGCAGAGGCUUCCUGUCCAAAGGCUGCUGACCACUUCCAGACCCAAAGUGAGGGAGAGGCAAGUGCUCCUGUGGCUGGCCCAAGGUCUUCUCCGGGUUCCCUGACAGACCCCAUUGGCCGGAGGUUCAACAUUUUGGUGCAGUUGCUGCUGCACAAGCAUAAAAUGAAAGAGCCCGUUUCCAAAGCAGACAUGAUGAAGAUCAUCAACAAAAAGUACCAGCAGCAUUACCCUGAAAUGCUGAGGAGAGCCUCCUUUCACAUGGAGAUGGUCUUUGGCCUUGAGAUGAAGGAAGUCAACUCCUGAAGCCAAACCUACGUUCUGGUCAGCCUUUUGGAGAUCAGCAGGGAAGAGAGUUAGUUUAACAUCAAGGGAUUCCCCACGAUGGGUCUGCUGUUGGCUGUUCUGGGCCUGGUCUACAGGCAUAGCUACCAGGUCACAGAAGCAACGAUGUGGGGAUUCCUGAAUGCAUUGGGAAUCUUCGAUGGGAAGUGCCACUUCAUCUUUGGAGAGCCCAGGAAGUUACUCACCAGAGAUCUGGUUCAGGAGAAGUACCUGGAGUAGUGUCAGGUGCCCAACAGCGAGCCUCCUCGCUAUGAGUUCCUGUGGGGUUCCAGAGCCCAUGUGGAAUGUAACAAGAAGAAAGUGCUGGAGUUCUUGGAGAGGCUUGAUAAGAUGGACACCAAAGAGUUUCGUGACCUCUAUGAACGCACCUGGCGCGAUGAAGAAAGGAGGGUGGCAGCCUCAGGAUGGGGAGGCACAGGGCUUAAUGCCAAGAAAUGCCCCCUGGAAGUGAAGGUUUCGGUGUUGGGGAACUGCGUUCCUUCCUGCUUGCAGGAUAAUUCCAUGGACCGCUCUGGAAUCUAUGGUGAGCUCUUCAGCAAUGCAAUGUCCUGUGCUCUGGAGAAGACACCAGGCCUUGCAACCAUAAGAGUAAGCUCUGAGCCCGGGGGGAAAAAGUGCCAGGCCCAAAAUGAGACCAAAGCCCAAGAGGAUGCUUGA